AUGGAAGACGUCAUAGCACGCAUGCAAGAUGAAAAAAAUGGAAUUCCUAUUCGUACCGUCAAAAGCUUUCUUUCCAAGAUACCUAGUGUCUUCUCGGGGUCAGACAUUGUUCAAUGGUUAAUAAAGAACUUAACUAUAGAAGAUCCAGUGGAGGCGCUACAUUUGGGAACAUUAAUGGCUGCCCAUGGCUACUUCUUUCCGAUCUCGGAUCAUGUCCUCACCCUCAAAGACGAUGGCACCUUUUACCGGUUUCAGACACCCUAUUUUUGGCCAUCAAAUUGUUGGGAGCCGGAAAACACGGACUAUGCGGUUUAUCUCUGCAAGAGAACAAUGCAAAACAAGGCAAGGCUGGAACUAGCCGACUAUGAAGCUGAGAGCCUGGCCAGGCUGCAGAGAGCAUUUGCCCGGAAGUGGGAGUUCAUUUUUAUGCAAGCAGAAGCACAAGCAAAAGUGGACAAGAAGAGAGACAAGAUCGAAAGGAAGAUCCUCGAUAGCCAAGAGAGAGCAUUCUGGGACGUCCACAGACCUGUGCCUGGAUGUGUAAAUACCACUGAAGUGGACAUAAAGAAGUCAUCCAGAAUGAGAAACCCACAUAAAACACGGAAGUCUGUCUAUGGUUUACAAAAUGACAUUAGAAGUCACAGUCCUACCCACACACCCACACCAGAAACUAAACCUGCAACAGAAGAUGAAUUGCAACAACAGAUUAAAUAUUGGCAAAUACAGUUAGAUAGACAUCGGUUAAAAAUGUCAAAAGUUGCUGAUAGCCUGUUAAGUUACACGGAACAAUAUUUAGAAUAUGACCCAUUCCUUGUGCCACCUGACCCUUCUAACCCGUGGCUGUCUGACGAUACUACUUUCUGGGAACUUGAAGCAAGCAAAGAACCAAGUCAGCAGAGGGUAAAACGAUGGGGCUUUGGCAUGGAUGAAGCAUUGAAAGACCCAGUUGGGAGAGAACAGUUCCUUAAAUUCCUAGAGUCAGAAUUCAGCUCAGAAAAUUUAAGAUUCUGGCUAGCAGUGGAAGACCUGAAGAAAAGGCCUAUUAGAGAAGUCCCUUCUCGAGUUCAAGAAAUAUGGCAAGAAUUUCUGGCUCCUGGAGCCCCGAGCGCCAUUAACUUGGAUUCUAAGAGCUAUGAUAAAACCACACAGAAUGUGAAGGAGCCUGGACGAUACACAUUUGAAGAUGCUCAGGAGCACAUUUACAAAUUGAUGAAAAGUGAUUCAUACCCACGUUUUAUAAGAUCCAGUGCCUAUCAAGAGCUUCUACAGGCAAAGAAAAAGGGGAAAUCUCUCACGUCAAAGAGGUUAACAAGCCUUGUCCAGUCUUACUAAAAGGAUCAUCUGUAACAUGGAAGCAGACUGGAGUCAUUGCAUAUACUUUGUAGCUCUUUGUUGUUACCUGGAGCAGAGGACAUUAGACCAAGAUGUUGCAUGAGCAAAGGACCCUAAUUGUUCUCUCUUUGUGUACAUUAAGGCAUUGCUAUUCCAAGGGACUCUACCAUCACAAUGCCUCCAUUUCAAAAUGUUGUCUGCUUACUUUCUCCUUGUACUAAGCUAGAUCUGUGUCUUUUCCUUUUUAACAAGUUCAAGUGGAGUAAACCUUUUUUUUCUCUCUCUCUCUCUUAAAGCUUCUGCUAGACACACAGUUCACUGAAAAUUCACUCACUCAAAAACUGGAAGAAUUGUAAAAGAAAAAAACAUAUAUCAAUAAGUAUACAUAUGGCUUCACAUUUAUUAAACAAUAAAUUAGCACAGAAAGUUUCAUUUCACCAGUGUGUUCACAGUCAGAAACAAGCUCUGUCUUUGUUCUCUAUACUUUCUCGGUUAAUGUUUCUUGCAUUUAUUUUUAUACCAUAUUUAAAUAAGAAACACCUUUUACUCCAAAUGUAUUAAAGUUGAUCCCUUCUCUGUAAAUUUGUGUAUGUUUAUAUUGUUGUUUUAUCUUUCAU